AUGGCGCAGAGCUUUGAACACCUGAUCCAACAGGUGAAUUCCGGGCGAUGUGUGGGGAUCGAGGUCACCAACCACACGAACAUCGAGUUUCACUCUGUCAGGACCUACUGCUACAGCGGUCAUACUCACCUCCCCCCAAGCCCCAUCAUCCGGCCGGGAUCCAAGGAGCACUGCAUCUUCGUGAAAACCGCCUACACCGCCCGGGGGAGUGUGGGGCUACUGGUCUACAAGAUCGGGGAAGACCUUAACCUGGCCAUCCUGUUCUCCAACCCCUUCAACUACAACUUCUACUACGUGGAGUUUGCUUUGGCCCUUUUCGAGAAGGAUAUGGAGAACAAGGAGCUGGACGUCCUGUUCGAUUACAUCUACAAUGAGAAGAAGCAGGGCUCCAUCAAGAUGGCCAAGAGUCAGCUGACCUAUAGCCAGGAGUCCCUGGUCCUGAGGGCGAAGGGGGUCCGCGUCUUGGGCACCAUGUCCAAUGAUUGCAAGGCCGUGAUCAAGGUACAUGUGGAUCUCAUGAAUUAA